AAAAACAAAGCGCAACCACAUGCGCUGUUUUUAUAAAGUUGCUGGGCUCGACUGUGCUAGCCUUGAAAACCCUUGUUUGCGCAACACCUGCAGAAAGAUAUUGACCGCAAUUCAUAAGUGCACACAAAAACUGGGACAUCCGUUAUCCUAGCUACGUUUACCCUAUGGAGAGCUGUAGAGUGCGCUUCGGGAGAUGCUGUUUACAGCAGGACGCGCUUUCGCGAGGGCUUACGCGGCUUGCGCACAACAACGCCCUAAUACUACGACGAUGGACGUCGAGUGUUCCUUGUCAAAGCGAAGCCGCGCCCCGAUCUUCAAUUUCCCGUUCCGUUUCACAGCCAGAGAGUGCAGCAGCUCCUGGCCCGAGCAUGCGGUCAUUCUAUGGAGGCUCGUUCGUGCGCAGAACAGUGCCGGUGGCGGCGGAGGAGCCUGAACUCAUACCUCAGCGGUGCAGUAACUGUGGAGGCACGGGUAGCUGCACCUGCACCGACUGCGGCGGGCGAGGGCGCCUGGGCCGGGCCGGGUACAAUAAACGGAACCGCGUGGACAUGUCACGCAUUGUCGGCUCGAAAUGGACGGCCAUGCAGGAGACCAUGGGGUGGCGGCACUUCCGAGUCAUUCAGUGCCGCAAGGGCAGCGGCGCGGGCAUGGCGUUCGUGCAGCUGCAGGCGUCCUGCGACCCGGCAACGCAGCUUUGGAUGAAUGCUUCCAACCUCAAGGACCGGGACCUGUGGGCGGCGGGCUGGCUGCAGAAAAGCCAGAUGGAGGACCCGGCGGGGGCGGCAGCGGCGGGCGUCACGUGCCGCGCCUGCAGUGGGUCCGGGACCACGCCGUGCCCCGUGUGCGAUGCCACGGGGGCCGUGCUGCGGCCGCCCUCCGGGCUGAGCCAUCCGGCGGCGCUGCCGACCGCGGCGGAAACGGCGGGAAUGGUGGGGGCGGCGGCGGAGCCGGCGCAGGCGGAUGUGGCUGCAGACGGGCGGCAGGAAGAGGAGCGGGCGGCGGUAGCAGGCGCCGCGGCGCGGGAGGCGGCGGGGCAGGGGCAGGAGAUGGAGCGCGGGGGACCGGGGUCACGGGCGGGGUCAGUGCUGGGGCGGGGCCCAGCGGGCGGCGGGCGUAAUGGGCUGCAGCGGGGCCCCAGCCCGGGUGCCGGAGGCGCGGCGCGGCUAGCAGGAUUGCCGCAGGCGGCACCGGCGCCGGCUGGGCGGUUAGGCGCGAGCGACUUCACAAGUGGUGCGUGAGCGGCGGGUGUUAUGGUGCGGCGGCUGGCGGCUUAGUGCUUGGAUGCAGUGACAUUUUCAAGGGGACAGGAGCUGUGGUAAAAAGAGCCCAUGGUCUGCAAGCCCUUGGCGUCGUAGAACGGCGAGGGGGCGUGAUGGGUAUCGUGGGCGACCUGUGAGGCGGCGUGAGGCGGUGAGGAGAUGCGCCUGGCGGCGGCGCGAUCGGCACAGGCGUUAGCGCAGGCGGUGGCGCAGGCGCUGGCGCAGGCAGCGGGGCACGAAUUGCGGUGGCGACGUGGCGUCUCACGUCGCCAGACUGGCGCCGCCGCUGCGGUCAUCAGCCAAUGCGCUGGGGACGCCCACACGAUGCCCCGACAUGUAAUGAGUGCGGACU